AGCAGGAGCUAGAGAGAAGGGAACAUUACUGCUCUCCUCCAAAUAAACACAGGAAAAUGCACGCAUGUGUGGAAGGGGAAGCAAGGGAGAGAGUAAGACGAGGAGGGUAGGGCUGAAAGGGAGAAUAGAAGGAGGGCUACUCUCAGUAUCAUCUGACGGGAGAGAGGCUGAUCCCCGACAGCAGGUGUUGGAGCAUAAAGAGACUGAGUCAGACGCACGGAAGGAGCGAUACGCAGAGGAGCACCAAGUUGUUGAGGAGAAGAGACUGAGUUGCAAGUGAGACACUGCAGACAGGAAACAAGAUGGAAGGAUUCCUAGUGUAUCUGAUGAAGUAGAGCCCUCACUAGCACCCUCCCACCCUCCAUUUCCUCUUCCCUCACUUCCAAAGGGUUGCAGAAUGGAUGAGCAGAGAUGCUCCCUCCCUCCCCCCCUUAAAACAGAAGAGGACUACAUCCCUUAUCCCAGCGUUCAUGAGGUUCUUGGUCGCACCAGCCCUUUCCCACUCAUCCUACUGCCCCAGUUUGGAGGCUACUGGAUCGAAGGGACCAAUCAUGAGCUUAAAGACCCACCAGAGGCGGAUCAACCCCCCUGUCCUACUUCCCACGUCAAACUGGAGACAAAGAGCACCGCCAAGAUCUACAGGAGGCAAUUCAUGGGCAAGGAACACUUUAAUUAUUACACCAUGGAUGCUGCCCUGGGCCACUUGGUCUUUUCCAUAAAGUAUGAUGUCAUUGGGGAUCAGGAGCAUCUGCGCUUGAUGCUUCGCACAAAGCUAAAAACAUACGAUGAUGUGAUUCCCAUUUCCUGUCUUACCGAGUUCCCCAAUGUGGUUCAGAUGGCCAAGCUUGUUUGUGAAGAAGUAAACGUGGAUAGGUUUUAUCCUGUCCUCUACCCAAAGGCAUCCAGGCUCAUUGUUACCUUUGACGAGCAUGUGAUCAGCAACAACUUCAAGUUUGGGGUUAUUUAUCAAAAGUUUGGCCAGACAACAGAGGAGGAGCUCUUUGGGAACAUGGAAGAAAGUCCUGCCUUUGUGGAGUUUUUGGAGUUUCUGGGCCACAAGAUUGAGCUUCACGACUUCAAAGGAUUUCGGGGUGGGUUGGAUGUCACUCAUGGACAGACAGGGACAGAAUCUGUCUACACAAAUUUCCAUAAUAAGGAGAUUAUGUUCCACGUUUCCACCAAGCUGCCUUACACAGAGGGAGACUCACAGCAGCUGCAGAGGAAGAGGCACAUAGGCAACGAUAUUGUAGCCAUUGUGUUCCAGGAGGAGAACACGCCCUUUGUACCAGACAUGAUCCAGUCCAACUUCCUGCACGGGUAUGUGGUAGUGCAGGUGGAGAAUGCAUGCACGGACAAUGUCACCUACAAGGUGUCUGUGACAGCGCGGGAUGAUGUACCUUUCUUUGGGCCGGCUCUGCCUAACCCUGCAGUCUUCAAAAAGGGCCCAGAGUUCCGCGAGUUCCUCUUCACAAAGCUCAUCAAUGCAGAGUACGCCUGCUACAAGGCUGAGAAGUUUGCCAAACUAGAGGAGCGCACACGUUCAGCCCUGUUGGAGACUCUGUAUGAGGAGCUGCACAUAAACAGCCAGUCCAUGAUGGGUCUGGGUGGAGACGAAGAUAAGCUGGAGAACGGGGCCGCUGGAGGGGGGGGGGGCUUCUUUGAAUCCUUUAAGCGGGUCAUCCGCAGCAGAAGCCAGUCUAUGGACGCCAUGGGCCUCAGUAACAAGAAGUCACACACAGUCUCCACUAGUCACAGUGGCAGCUUUACCCACAAUCCCGCAGAGAGCCCCAAAACCCCAGGGAUUUCAUUGCUUGUUCCAGGCAAAAGUCCCAGUAAAUAUGGACGCCGAUGCAGUGCCAUAGGGAUAGGAACAAUAGAAGAGUCAUUGAUCAUUCCUGGGAAAAGCCCAACCAGGAAGAAGUCUGGGCCCUUCAGUUCCCGUCGCAGCAGUGCCAUUGGCAUCGAGAACAUCCAGGAGGUCCAAGAGAGGAGCCGAGAGGUGUCACCCUGCACCCAGAGGACACCGGAGGGCAGCCUCUUCUCACAGUCAGACAACUCCUCCAAUCACAGCUCUCCAGAAUUCCCUGCUACUAAAAACAGUUUGGCGAUGUGUUGCAGGGCGCCGUCCAUCCCUGAGGCUCAGGAUCUUUCCCGCUCCUCCUCCAACGCCAGCAGCUUUGCCAGCGUAGUGGAGGAGCACGAGAACGAGGCGGAGGACGAGUACGACACUGGACUGGAAAGUGUGUCUUGUGUUUCACCACUCAAGGGAGACUCGUUUGUGUACAGCUCUGCGGGGGAGGACAGUGCGUGCAGUACCAGCCAGGGAAGUGUCCCAGCAGUGUCGCGUCUUCAGCAGCAACCAGAUGGAGUGAAGACAUCUGAGCCAAAGGGGACAGACAGCCGGCCCAAGACAGAGCGCCCCUCCCAGGAGCACAAGUUCUCAUCGCAGUCCCAUAAGAGGCACCUUUUACCAAAAACAAGCCAAGGACAUGUGAACUCCACCACUGACACAAAAGAGGCGUAGAGUUAGAAGCUAGAUCUCAGAGACUGGUAGAUCUUCCUUUGUAUGUUUGGCAUGAAUCUGCCGCCUAUUGCCCUCAUUCCAGCUCUAUGUGGCUCAAGGCAAAGGAAGAGAGACGUCCACACCCAUGCAGCAUCACUACUGACUGUCCUCUGUCAGCCGGCUCGGCAGGAUAAGUCUGGCUGCUUACUUACUUUAUAGCCAGGACCGUUUAAAAGCUAAGUCUUACUGUAAACACUCAAAUGUCCUCUUUAAGAGAUCAGGAUUUGAACAGGGGUUUAAUCUUGUGUCUAAAAGAGUUGUGAAAGGAAUUGAGACCGAUCAAAAAACUGGUGUUUAUUUAGCUUGUGAAACCAUCUACAGACAGGACAGAUGCACUAGAGAGAAAAAUGUUUUUUAAUGUCAACCUUACAUCCCACUGUGAUAUUGUAUGUGGGUUCAACAUUGAUGUUGUGUGUGUGCGUGUGUCGGGGCUGCUUUUUGUGUUUUUAUUGAUCUAUUAUUGUGAGUAUUCUGCAGUGGAUAUUUGUCGUGUUUUACGACAGCUUUGGUAAAUCUGUCAUGUUUUAAUGGAGGGUACUCCUGUGCUGUUGGUGGCUGUAAUAGCAUCAAUCGCUUUCCUCCUGGUGAGGUGGGGUGGGGGGGGGAAUAAAAAUUGCAUUUGCAAUUUUUUAAUUCUAAAUUUUAUUGUACAGUAAGUCUGUAACAAAACCUAUUUUAACAUAACUGUAUUGAUUCUUUAUAGUUAAAGUGUAAAGUGUAAUUAUGGUAUUGCCCCAAGGUACUGCUGUUAGACCGUUUGGCUCCAAAUACUCUUUGUGACACACCACUUGUUGAUUUGAUGUCUGUGCACAGGUGUGUAUACAAAGGUACUGUGCAUGGUGUAAAUGGUUUUUGCCAACAGCCUCUCCUCUGUACACUUGUGCCAGGUGUUGUCCCUGUGAUUUGUGUUUCAUUGAAAACCAGCCAACAUCUCCAGAUGCAGUGCACAUUGCUGAUCAAGAGCCAAAUGCCAGUUUCUUACUUUAUUUGUAAAGUUUAUUAUAUAUGUAUGUGACUUAAAGCGCUACAUUUUUAGAGUUACUGCUGAAAAAGCUGACCCUUUU